AUGGCGGCAGUCGAGCUAGCUCAAGAGCUGAAAGACGCCAUCAUCGACGAGCUCUACUCGAAGAGAGACUUCCGCUCGCUCGCCUCUUGCGCUCUUGCUCACAGCUCAUUCCGAACGACUAGUCAGAAGUAUCUCUUUCGACACAUUCGGUUGGGAUCGGGACCGACGGUCCUGGCGGAAAUUCUCGACUUGCUCCCCAUCUCAUGGAACGACAGCUGCGCCGUUGGGAUCAACGACGUGCCUCUCCUUGACGCACUCGAACGCGCCUCGCGCCGCUGCCUGUACACGCUGGGUUGGUACGGCUCUGGUGGGAUACACGACCAGAUCUUGGGCGACGAGCGUUGUCAAGUGCGUGACCUCCGCAUGAUCCAGACUCGCGCAGGCUUCUACAGCCAGGACAGGACGCCAAAGGUGCCCCUCAAGAGUUUGGUGUUGAGCGGGAUACAUUAUGUGCCAGCGGACGUUCCGCGACGCUAUGUCAGUCACCUAUCCCAGGGUCAUCCUCUGGACGUCCGCGGCCUCGAGGUCCUAAUGCAUGAUAUCGUCAUGAUCCUGCAGAAGUGUCAUAACACGUUGCGCGCGCUUGAUCUCUAUGGUCCUGACCUCGUAGGCAACAUAUGGCUCGACUUGAAUCGCCUCGAGAAGCUUCGACUCUUGUCCAUCCGCGGCUCCUCCAAGGAUAAGUACGCGUGGGAGCUCAUCAUAUACGAUGUCACCCGCGUCCUCGCGACCGCCGUCUGCGUCGAGCAUCUGGCCAUCGAAAUUUACCUCGUUUCGCCGGUGGAUGACGCCGAAGAUAGGUGGUGGAACGAGUUAAGUCGGACCCUCAUAAACUAUAAUCUGCAGCUGGGGCGCACGCUCAAGUCUGUCACGCUGCAUCUCCGACGCCCUAAAAAGCACUGGAUCAACAAGGUUGUGUCCGAAUUGCCAGACACCGCGUUCGUCCGGGGCAAGAUGCCUGCCCUUGCAUCGCGUGUGGCAUUGAAUGUCGAGAGGGAUCCAGUACGGGACUCUUUCUCGCGCUCGCUCGUACCGCUCGAGCUCUUGGAGGACGGGCAGUAG